ACCAUUUUCAGAAAAAAAUAAGGUCAUUUUGAAUUUCAUGGCCAACACGUCUCAAAGAAGUUGGGAUGGGGCAACAAAAGGCUGGAAAAGUAAGUGUUACUAAUAAGAAACAGCUGGAGGUUAAUUGGCAACAGGUCAGUAUUAUGAUUGGGUAUAAAAAGAGUAUCUUAGAGAGGCAGAGUCUUUCAGAAGCAAAGAUGGGCAGAGGUUCACCAAUCUGCGAAAAACUGCGUCUACAAAUUGUGGAACAAUUUCAGAAUAAUGUUCCUCAACGUAAAAUUGCGAAGACAAUGAAUAUCUCAUCAUCUACAGUACAUAAUAUCAUCAAAAUAUUCUGAGAAUCUGGAGAAAUCUCUGUGUGCAAGGGAUAAGGGUGAAAAUCAAUAUUGCAUGUCCGUGAUCUUCGGGUCCUCAGGCAGCACUGCAUUAAAAACAGGCAUGAUUCUGUAAUGGAAAUCACUGCAUGGGCUCAGAAACACCUCCAGAACUCAUUGUCUGUGAACACAGUUCGCCGUGCCAUCCACAAAUGCUGGUUAAAGCUCUAUCACACAAAGAAGAAGCCAUAUGUGAACGUGAUCCAGAAACGCCGUUGUCUUCUCUGGGCCAAAGCUCAUUUAAAAUGGAUUGAGGCAAAGUGGAAAACUGUUCUGUGCUCAGAUUAAUCAAAAUGUGAAAUUCUUUUUGAAAACCAUGGACGCGCAUCCUCUAAACUAAAGAGGACUAAAGAGGAGAGGGACCAUCCGUUUUUUUAUCAGUUCUCAGUUCAAAAGCCUGCAUCUCUGAUGGUAUUGUGGUGCAUUUGUGACUAUGGAAUGGGCAAUUUGCACAUCUGGAAAGGCACCAUCAAUGCUGAAAGGUAUAUACAGGUUUUAGAGCAACAUAUGCCUCCAUCCAGAUAACGUCUUUUUCAGGCAAGGCCUUGCAUUUUUCAGCAUGACAAUGCUAAACUACUUACCAAGUCUAUUACAACAGCAUAGCUUCACAGUAGAAGAGUCCGGGUGCUGAACUGGCCUACCUGCAGUCCAGACCUUUCACCAACUGAAAACAUUUGGCACAUCAUGGAACGAAAAAUACAGCAAAGAAGACCCAGGACUGUUGAGCAACUAGAAUCCUGUAUCAGACUUGAAUAGGACAACCUUCCUCUCCCAAAUCUCCAGCAACUGGUCUCCUCAGUUCCCAGACGUAUACGGACCAUUGUUAAAAGAAGAGUGGAUGCUACACAGUGGUAAACAUGGCCCUGUUCCAACUUUUUUGAGAUGUGUUGCUGCCAUCAAAUUAAAAAUUGCCUUAUUUUUCCCUUAAAUGGUACAUUUCCUCAGUUUACACUAGGCUGAAAUAUUUACACUGAAAUGUUUUCUAUGUUCUGUUGUGAUUAAAAUAUGGGUUUAUGAGAUUUGCAAAUCAUUGCAUUCUGUUUUUAUUUACAUUUCACACAGCGUCCCAACUUUUUUGCAGUUGGGGUUGUAUUUCUCUACAAAGUGUGGUGUCUAGGUGUCAGAUUGUAGAUGGGAGCCAAAGGAAUUCAACAUAAUCCUGGAGAGACUGAUGAACUCCAGUAACUCCACUUUAUGUCAGGCCACAUCAUAGUAGCCUAAUACUAUUCCUACUUUCAUGUGUGUUUGGUGUGUCUGAUUUGAAGAAAACGAAGACGCCAGAAUGGUGAAGCAGGCUGCUCCUCGUCGCGCUUUGUCUCACUCCUUUAGACAUUCCUCUCGAACAGAACUCUCGUCACCCUUGACCCCCUGGACCUCUCCAUCACCUCCGACACUGUGUCACGACCCCUCCUCUGUUCCAAGGUGGAAUCCAAGCAGCAUUCCUGACCACGUCUACCUCGACGCUGCCACCAUUUUCCAAAACUCGCACCAGGACAAGGCCGCCACUCAUCGGCUCAUCAGCUAUGGGAAGAGGUCAAAGGUAACAGCGCUGAAGAUCAAGGAUGAGGCAUGGCAGCACAGGGCCUACGAGCUGGCCUUCAAUACACUCAAAUAUCAGGAGCUAUUGGAGGAUAUCAUGAUUGACAGCAGCUUCUAUUUGUCUAAGCUAGUGCCCGACGAUCUGAUGAGUUUGGUGGCUGUCAUGUUGUACGACUUGCAGGCUCGUAAGUUCCUCCCACGUGAAAGACCAGCCAAUCAGGACAAGCAGGAGGAGGUGGCUCAGGUCAGGGAAGUGGAAAACUGUCUGCUCAGGUUUAAGACAAAAUUGGCGGCAUCUUUAGCACGCUGCAGAAUCAAACACGACCUGCUGAGCAUUGACUGCAUGCUGCCAGAGAGCAUCAGACAGAGGCAGGAGAGAGGAUCCAACCUGCCCAUGUACGCCUGGAUUAAUACACUGCGCACCAGUAUGCAGGAUGUGUGUGAGGUGUUGAAGGCUGCAGGUUUCUCCCAUGUGAAAUCCAUCACACAGUUGGAAGGACAGACAUUCUGUGAGGACCUACACUGCCUCGACCUGCUGGUGUUUCCCACUUGUUCGAAAAGAGAACUACAAAAAACGAAUCUGCUGAAAGAUUAUAGACUGGUAAUACAGGAUAAGGCGUGCUGCGUUGGUCCAUGGGCAUUGCGCCCCUUGCUGGUUCCAGAUGGAGACGUACUUAUGGCUGGAUCGUUCUCCGCAGCCACCGUGGCUCAUACAGCUGCCAUCGUUGCUGCUGCACAUACUCAUCUUCAUACUUUUUCUCACUCCAGUAAACAGGCUCGCAGCAGCAUGCGGGUGUUUGUGUGUGUGGGGGAGUGCGCGAGUGCUCAGAGAGAUGAAAUGCAGGAGGUCCUCGGCAGCAUGGGCUGCAGCAACGUGAAGUUGCUACCCGAGGCUUUCCACACUCUGGAUGUGUAUGACACACGUCUGCAGAAGGUUCAGCUCAUCCUGCUGACUCCGCAGUGUUCGCUCUCUGCAGUCUCAAACCCUGUAGACUACCUUCUGUGGGAGAAUGGAGACAAAGAGCUGCUGCGGGAUCUGUCCCAGGGCUCUGUCUCGCAGUCCAGACUACACACACUCGUCGCCGAGCAGAAGCGAGACCUUCAUCAGGCCCUCCACUUUCCUAAAGUGCGAGUCGUGGUGUAUUCCACCUGUUCCUCACUUCCAGCGGAGAACGAGGAAGUAGUGAAGAGCGCUCUCACACUCACAGAGCACGACAACUCCAAACUACAGCCUUUUAAGCUCAGAAACCCAUCUCUCCUGUGUUGUUAUAAAGAGGAUGGCAAUGGAGAAAAGAAGGCUGACUUUUUCAGGCUUGAAGCUUCUGAUCAGAGUAACGGCUGCUUCUUAGCUGUUCUCACAUCCCAGCCCGAUCCAAAAGUGACGCCACAGGAAGUAAUAGCUCGCGCCACCGCUAGUGGAUUGCUGGAUGGGAUCCAGCUGACUCAGCCAAUCAAGAAAGAGGGGCGUGGCCGACAGACACGCAAAGGACCUGCCUAUCAAUCUCGCCGGCAACCCCAUGUCUCCGUUAGCAGCCAGUCGCAGGUGGCUGAGUUUCUGAACCGUGAGCUGAAAGCCAAUAGCUCAGUCCCAACAGCGGCACAGGAGCGGACCAACGGCACACACUCGCCUUGGGGAAAAUCCAAACCAACUCAUCCGCAGCACUCGUGCAAACCCGCCUCCUCCAAAACCUCCACCUUCUCCAAUCCAAGCCAAGCCUCCUUUAUCACAGGACCUACCUCCACCCUCUCCUCCGCCACAGGCCUCACCUUGUCUUAUACAAGCCAAGCUUCACCAUCCAACACCGCCCACACCUUCUCCACCACAAACCCCAUCUUAUUGAACACAGACUCUGCCUCGUCCAUCAACGGACUCACUAUCACCGCCUUUAACAAGGGGCUUGCACCAUCCCAUAGAACCUUGAAUCGAACCAACGGCCGCCGAGCUGCUGUUCCUGUAUAUCCGCCCUCUGCCCCACCCAGAGGCAGACAUGAAGUCCUGCGUCCUGUGUUGAUUUCGUUUCCUCCUCCUCAGUUCCCAUCCUUGUGUCCAGAAUCUGCUCCGGUCAAGAUCAAAACCCCUCUGUUGUACCAAAACUGGAGGAACUGUUCACGCCCUGCCCCACUGACACACACACGAUUCGGGAGCAGCAUACGCCCGUGGCUCUGACACACACACACA